AUGGUCGGAAUCUUCUCCAGGUUCUCUUCCGGCGCCGGCCACCGCCGCGCCAAGAGUGCCGUAGAGGUUGUGGAGACAUUGGCGCCCAACAUGGAGACCGGGGAGUCUGAGCCGGCAGCCGAUCCUGGAGAUAGCCCACACGGCAUUGAGGUCGGCAUCGAGUUCAAGCCGGUGGAGCACCCUGUGGAGCCUGUCAACCUUGACCAACCAGUGAAAUGCCCGCUUCCUGAGCCAUCUAUACUGCAUGAUGGGAGGAUAUGGCAAGAGAGGAUGUCUACAGCGGGCGGGAGGCCGAGGACAGACCUUCCGGUCGUGAAGGAAGGAUCACAGCUCGAGCCCGACAGCAGCACCACAAGGUCGCGGUCUGCGCUCCGGAGGCGCGCCAUACUGCCCUCCGUGAGCGCCCCUGAGCAUAACAUCCUGGCGCUGCUUGACGAGUGCGACGUGCCUGAGACCCAGCGCCCUGCUGAAUGA